GCGCGUGGCCGAGGCCAGCAGCCCGAGGGCGCGGGGACCGGCGCCUAGGGGCCGCCGCCGAGAUGGAGCGCGCCGGGGACGAUCCGGACUCGCCGCCGCAGGUGUCCACCCCGCAGGGCUCCUGACCCACCACGGACGACACCCCUUCCCAGACUCCGGUCGGGCUGGACUCCGCAGAGCUGCGUCGGCAAUGGCUCACGAGGAGCUGUGGGCCCAGCCAGCCUUGGAGAUGCCGAAGCGGCGGGACGUCCUUGCGGUUGUGCUCAUCGUGCUCCCCUGGACGCUGCUGGUCACCGUGUGGCACCAGAGCACCGUCGCGCCCCUGCUCGCCACGCGCAAGGAUGACAGUGGUGACCCCCGGCGCGAGGCGCCUCCUGGCACGGACCCCAGGGAGUACUGCAUGUCUGACCGGGACAUCGUGGAGGUGGUGCGUACAGAGUACGUGUACACGCGGCCCCCACCCUGGUCUGACACGCUGCCCACCAUCCACGUGGUGACACCCACCUAUAGCCGCCCGGUGCAGAAGGCAGAGCUCACGCGCUUGGCCAACACGCUGCUGCACGUGCCCAACCUGCACUGGCUGGUGGUGGAGGACGCGCCGCGUCGAACCCCCCUGACGGCGCGCCUGCUGCGCGACACCGGCCUCAACUACACACACCUUCACGUGGAGACGCCGCGCAACUACAAGCUGCGGGGGGAUGCGCGUGACCCGCGCAUCCCUCGGGGCACCAUGCAGCGCAACCUGGCGCUGCGCUGGCUGCGGGAGACCUUCCCGCGCAACUCCAGCCAGCCUGGCGUCGUGUACUUCGCGGACGACGACAACACCUACAGCCUGGAGCUCUUUGAGGAGAUGCGCAGCACCAGGAGGGUGUCUGUGUGGCCCGUCGCCUUCGUCGGUGGCCUUCGGUACGAGGCCCCGAGGGUCAACGGGGCAGGGAAGGUGGUCGGCUGGAAGACGGUGUUCGACCCCCACCGGCCGUUUGCCAUAGACAUGGCGGGGUUCGCAGUCAACCUGCGGCUAAUCCUGCAGCGGAGCCAGGCCUACUUCAAGCUGCGCGGCGUGAAGGGCGGCUACCAGGAGAGCAGCCUGCUGCGCGAGCUCGUCACCCUCAGCGACCUGGAGCCCAAGGCGGCCAACUGCACCAAGAUCCUGGUCUGGCACACUCGGACCGAGAAACCGGUGCUGGUGAAUGAGGGGAAGAAAGGCUUCACUGACCCCACAGUGGAGAUCUGAGCCCCGGACACAGGAGCGCCUUCUGAGACCUGCUCCUGGCCGCCUCCUCUCCCCACGCCGUGUCCCUCCGAGGCGCACUCCUGUGGACUCGCUGCCACCCUCCCUUCCCCUGUGGGGCCUUCAGAGAGAGCCCGG